AUGAUACUCAACCAGGUUCACCCAGAGACAUUGAAGAUUCCACCAACGGCCCACUCGCCAAACUCAAAGUUUCCCGUUCUUGCCUAUCGCAAUGCUCUGAUAGAUAUAACCCUCGAGAGUGCACUCGCAGCCUUUGAGCAAAGCGAAUGGAAGAAAGGAGGUCACUGGAAGAUUGGAAAGGAAAAGCUAGCAGCUACGCCUCAUUACCAUGCAGCGACACACGAGGCACAUACAGUGUUACACGGACGUGCGACCUAUUUCCUCGGAAAAUCAUCUCUAGACCCGGAAACCGAUACCAAAGGAGACCCUGUCGGUUUGCAAUUUACCGUUAACGUUGGAGAUGUAUUUGUAUUCCCGGCUGGUGUGACGCACUUUGUCAUAGAUACCGAGAAUGACUACGAGAUUCUGGGAUUUUACUCUCUGAACGCAAAAAAUUCUAUUGACGAGCCAUAUGACAUGGAAUACGCAUUGGACUCUGUGGAGGAGACAGAUGAGAAACGCAAGAGGUGUGAACUUGUCCCAGUACCAGUUCAUGAUCCGAUUUAUGGUAAGGAAGGACCAAUGAUCCAGAUUUGGAACAGCGUUUAG